AUGGCCGCCUUGCGUGCAGCCAAACAAGCUCUGAGGAGAGAAAUAAAGAAACGAGUAGCAGCGUUGGACGAUCAAGAGAAACUUCGCCAGUCUCGAGUCAUUUCGCAGAAGGUAACUGAAGUGAGAUAUAAACAAUCAUGUAGCAAAAAAGUGGGCAUCACAUUUACAAUGUGCAUGGAGGAUGACGUUUCGUGAAAAACAAUGCUACAAACUCAUUUUGUGUAUACAUGUCAUCGUCGCGUGGCCAAUAGAGCUCGCCAGUUUGUAGUCCUAAAAACCGGAAAUGAGUUACCUCUGGUUCGUUCAGCCAUUCCUAUGGGGAAAAUGAAUGCGGAAAGAAUAGGGUUUUGGGAUAAAUGCCGAAAAUAAGGUCUGAGAUUAACACAGGUUUAUGGUGCUUUCAAGACAAAAGGGAACUAGAAACAAAACUAGGUGAAAAUCACGACGUCGGUGAGCUUCAGGUCGUAGCUCUAGAAAGAUAGCAGAGUUUCAGACAUGGAAUUCCAGUUGACCUUUCAAAAUAUGUUUUACAGUCAGAGUUCGUUUUUUCUGAGUUCCUGGUUGUCGUGAACGCUCAGAAGUCGUCGGAGAUUUCCGAGAUCCCAGUUGUUUUGAAUGUUGCAUUAGGAUAUCUGUUAUGUUUUGUUCUAUGAGAAGAUAUCAGUCAGUUAACAUGACCUUUAUGAAUUAUGAAGCUUUUCUGAUUAUUUUUCUGAAAAUCACAAAGUGAUGUUAGCUGAUGGAGAUGAUAUCAUAGAACAAAACGUAUAAGAUCUCCUAAGCCUGUGUUUACCACAUACCUCAUUUUCGGCGUUUAUCUCAAAACCCUACAAAAAUUCCAUUAAUUUCCCCAUAGGCUUUGUACAAUGGUUCCCAGGUGCUGUGGUUAAAAAUGUCCUAAAACGACCAGUGGCGCCCCCUUGUGGCGGGUCACAGGUGGGGGGGGGUGGUGUUGGCCCCCCUAGGGAGUCUCACCCAACCUGGCCAUGGACCCCCAGCUGAUCCGUAAAUGACAGGGAAAUUAAAAAACUAGGCCUAACCCCUUAUACUCUCUCCUCUCAACCAGCUCUUCAAGCACCCCAAGUAUGCUAGCUGUGAGCGCAUCGCUGUGUUCCUCAGCAUGCACGACGAGGUGAGAACAGAGGAGAUCAUUCAGGACUUGUUUAAGCACGGUAAGACCUGCUUUAUGCCCAAGUACUUGACCCAGGGCACCAGUAACCACAUGGACAUGGUGAAGCUCACCAGCAUGGAGGAUAUGAUGUCACUGCCUCUGACUUCCUGGAACAUCAGACAGCCCGCCGAUGAAGACAACACCAGAGAGGAGGCCUUGGAGACAGGUCAGUGUUAGCCUACAACACACACACACACACACACACACACACACAAAAGCUUUUUGCCUUGCUGCUGCUGCUGCAAGAAAAUAAAAUUAAAACAUACAAAAUUACAAAGAAGAAGAUAUUGGAGUCCGUCCACUUUGUGUGAGAACCUAUCCUAUUUUUCGGUGAACUCUUUAUUGGUUUUACACAACAACCAAAGAUCCUUUAUAUCCUACUGAGUCAGGUAAGCGUGAUGGUACCUUCUUUCAGUACGCACACAAGGCCACACACACACAGCUUUGUUUUCGUGAAUUUUCGGGGAGUAAAAAUGUAUUCCCAAUCAAAGCCUAUUUUCCCUAACCCAUAACCUUUAACUCAAACCCUAACUCUAACCCAAAUGCCUAACCUAAACCUAACUCCUAAACCUAACCAUUAAGCCUAAAAUAACAUUUUAACAAAUUCAGGACAUGAAAAAAGUCCUGACUCUUCAAAAUUAUUCAUGUUUUCCUACCUUGUCAGGACAUUCUGGUGACUUGUCAGGACAUUCUUGUGACUUGUCAGGACAUUCUGGUGACUUGUCAGGACAUUCUGGUGACUUGUCAGGACAUUCUGGUGACUUGUCAGGACAUUGUGGGCCUGAUAAGGUAGGAACACACACACACACACACACAGGGUGCCCUAUUAGUUUGUCUGUUGUAUAUUACCAGCUGUGUGUAUCAUAACACACUUAUGACCUACAUGUGUUUGAAUUACCUAAAUCCUGGCAUGGCCUUGCAAAGUUAAUCUUUCUUCCCUUAUACACAGUUAAUCUUUGUUCCCCCAUGUGCCUUGUUCAGAAGUAGUGCACUAUUUAGGGAAAAGGGUGCCAUUUGGGAUGCAUUCACAGUCUCCAACGUGUGACCCCCAAAUAACACCAUAUUAGCGUCAGACCAAAGUUCAUGUUUUGGUUUCCUCCACAAGAUGGUGGUAUAGCACCAUCAUCGAGACAUCAAAAUUGUAGUCUCCUGCAAUAACAAUCUUACAUCUGGCCACAAACCUGUCAUGUGACACUUAAUCGAAAUACUAUCUAAGGUCAGUUUGGCAUUCCCCCCCCCCCCCCCCUAAAGGUUAAUCAUGGGGUAGGGGGAGGAUAAGAUGAUCCUAGAUCUGAUAACAUCUACCCUGAGCACUUGUGAAUAAUUGGUGAAGUUGCAUAAUUCUAUUCUAAUCACCUCUGCUGCUGCUGAAUAAGAAGAAAAGUCAUAUUGAUAAUGGUUAUUAGCAUUGUAAUCUCUUGGAUGGUGUUUCUUUUUUUUAGGCACUGUCAACCUCUCAACUAUUUUAAUCCAGACCGUCACAGUUUUCAUCUUUAGAUAGGAUAUUAAAUACCGACGCCUGGGGAGGAAAUGUGUUUAUGGUGCAUUCUCUGAGUCUAUUUGAGCUGUGCAAAUAAUGUCAUCAUGAUUUAUGGAACCAAACAGGUCAUAACCACGCUCCUUCAUUGUGUAUGUCUGAAUGCACUCCUGUCUGGCAAUAACCUGUGUAAAUUCUAAUUAUCUCACUCACUCACCUCUCACGCCACCUCAAGACACCAGGUUCACUUUUGGCGUUGGUGCCUAUGGAAAGACCCCCUUUACAUUUUUUCACAUUUUGUUGCUUUCCAAAGUGGGAUAAAAAUUGAUUUAAUAGUCCUUUUUUUUGUCAAAGAUCUACACAAAAUACUCUGUCAAAGUGGAAGAAAAAUUCAAACAUUUUUUAAAGAUGAUUGAAAAAUAAAACACUAAAAUACAGUACCUUGAUUAGAUAAAUAUUCACCCCUUUGAGUCAAUACAUGUUAGAAACACCUUUGGCAGCGAUUACAGCUGUGAGUCUUCUUGGGUAAGUCUCUAAGAGCUUUGCAAACCUGUAUUGUGCAAUAUUUGCCCAUUAUUCUUUUGAAAAUUCUUCAAGAUCUGUCAAGGUGUUGGGGAUCAUGGCUAGACAGCAGUUUUCAAGUCUUGCCACAGAUCUUCAAGCAGAUUUAAGUCAAAACUGUAACUUGGCCACAGGAACAGUCACUGUGUUCUUGGUAAGCAACUCUAGUGUAGAUUUGGCUUUGUGUUGUAGGUUAUUGUUCUGCUGAAAGGUCAAUUCCUUUCCCAGUGUCUGGUGCAAAGCAGACUGAAGCAGGUUUUCCUCUAGGAUUGUGCCUGUGCUUAGCUCCAUCCCGUUUCUUUUCAUCCUGAAAAACUCCCCAGUCUUUGCCGAUGUCAAGCAUACCCAUACCAUGAUGCUGCCGUGCUUGAAAAUAAGGAGGCAGUUACUCAGUGAUGUGUUGUGUUGGAUUUGCCCCAAACAUAAGGCUUUGCAUUUAGGCCAAAAAGUGUAUUCCUUUGCCUUGUUUUGUUUUGCAGUAUUACUUUAGUGCUUUGUUGCAUACAAGAUGCAUAUUUAGGAAUAUUCUGUAUAUUUGUAUUUUUCUUUUCACUCUGUCAUUUAGGUCAUUAUUGUGGAGUCACUACAAUGUUGUUGAUCCAUCCUCAGUUUUCUCCCAUCACAGCCAUUGAACUCUGUAGCUGGUUUAAAAUCCCCAAUGGCUCAUGGUGACAUCCCUAAGCAGUUUCCUUCCUGUCCUGCAGCUCAGUUCAGAACGAAGACUGCAUCUUUGAUGUGUCUGGGUGGUUUAAUACAUCACCCACAACAUACAGUGGGGAGAACAAGUAUUUGAUACACUGCCGAUUUUGCAGGUUUUCCUACUUACAAAGCAUGUAGAGGUCUGUCAUUUUUAUCAUAGGUACACUUCAACUGUGAGAGACGGAAUCUAAAACAAAAAUCCAGAAAAUCACAUUGUAUGAUUUUUAAGUAAUUAAUUUGCAUUUUAUUGCAUGACAUAAGUAUUUGAUCACCUACCAACCAGUAAGAAUUCCGGCUCUCACAGACCUGUUAGUUUUUCUUUAAGAAGCCCUCCUGUUCUCCACUCAUUACCUGUAUUAACUGCACCUGUUUGAACUCGUUACCUGUAUAAAAGACACCUGUCCACACACUCAAUCAAACAGACUCCAACCUCUCCACAAUGGCCAAGACCAGAGAGCUGUGUAAGGACAUCAGGGAUAAAAUUGUAGACCUGCACAAGGCUGGGAUGGGCUACAGGACAAUAGGCAAGCAGCUUGGUGAGAAGGCAACAGCUGUUGGUGCAAUUAUUAGAAAAUGGAAGAAGUUCAAGAUGACGGUCCAUCACUCUCGGUCUGGGGCUCCAUGCAAGAUCUCACCUCGUGGGGCAUCAAUGAUCAUGAGGAAGGUGAGGGAUCAGCCCAGAACUACACAGCAGGACCUGGUCAAUGACCUGAAGAAAGCUGGGACCACAGUCUCAAAGAAAACCAUUAGUAACACACUAAACCGUCAUGGAUUAAGAUCCUGCAGCGCACGCAAGGUCCCCCUGCUCAAGCCAGCGCAUGUCCAGGCCCGUCUGAAGUUUCCAAUGACCAUCUGGAUGAUCCAGAGGAGGAAUAGGAGAAGGUCAUGUGGUCUGAUGAGAGAAAAAUAGAGCUUUUUGGUCUAAACUCCACUCGCCGUGUUUGGAGGAAGAAGGGGGAUGAGUACAACCCCAAGAACACCAUCCCAACCGUGAAGCAUGGAGGUGGAAACAUCAUUCUUUGGGGAUGCUUUUCUGCAAAGGGGACAGGACGACUGCACCGUAUUGAGGGGAGGAUGGAUGGAUGGGGCCAUGUAUCGCGAGAUCUUGGCCAACAACCUCCUUCCCUCAGUAAGAGCAUUGAAGAUGGGUCGUGGCUGGGUCUUCCAGCAUGACAACGACCCGAAACACACAGCCAGGGCAACUAAGGAGUGGCUCCGUAAGAAGCAUCUCAAGGUCCUGGAGUGGCCUAGCCAGUCUCCGGAACUGAACCCAAUAGAAAAUCUUUGGAGGGAGCUGAAAGUCUGUAUUGCUCAGCGACAGCCCCGAAACCUGAAGGAUCUGGAGAAGGUCUGUAUGGAGGAGUGGGCCAAAAUCCCUGCUGCAUUGUGUGCAAACCUGGUCAAGACCUACAGGAAAUGUAUGAUCUCUGUAAUUGCAAACAAAGGUUUCUGUACCAAAUAUUAAGUUCCGCUUUUCUGAUGUAUCAAAUACUUAUGUCAUGCAAUAAAAUGCAAAUUAAUUACUUUAAAAUCAUACAAUGUGAUUUUCUGGAUUUUUGUUUUAGAUUCCGUCUCUCACAGUUGAAGUGUACAUAUGAUAAAAAUUACAGACCUCUACAUGCUUUGUAAGUAGGAAAACCUGCAAAAUCGGCAGUGUAUCAAAUACUUGUUCUCCCCACUGUAACUAUUACCUUGACCAUGCUUAAAGAGAUAUUCAAUGUCUGAUUUGUUAUUGUAACCAUCUACCAAUCACUGCCCUCCUUUUAUGAGGCUUUCGAAAAGCUCCCUGGUCUUUGUAGUUGAAUCUGUGCUAGAAAUGCAAUAUUUGACUGAGGGACCUUACAGUCCAUGUAACUUAUUAUGUGAAUUGUUAAGCCAAAUGUUACUUCUGAACUAAGUUAGGCUUGCCUAAACAAAGAGGGUGAAUACUUAUGCAAUGACUAUUUUAGUUAUUUAAUUGUUAUUAAUUUGAAAAAUAAAAAUAUAUAUUUUCACUUUACAUUAUUGAGUAUUUUGUGUAGAUCAAUGACAAAAAAAUUCAAUUAAAUCUAUUUCAAUCCCACUUAGUAACGCAACAAAAUGUGAAAAAAAGUUCAAGGGGUGUAGACUUUCUAUAGGCACUGUAUACCAAUCAAUCACAUGUCUUUAGUGUAGGGCUCCCUUUUCUCUGACAGUGAACAGUUUGUUUGAUGUGUUUCUCUCGACUCUGACUCAGUCCUGCAGCCUUCAAUACCUCUCAUGAACUUGUCAUGGCUGUUGUCAAGGAAACUACCAAUAGACCAUAAUGCAAUGCAAAUGUUAAUACAUGUGAAGUGGAAACAAAAGGUCUCUCUUGCCGUGCCACCAGAUUAGCUUUGAUUAGCGUCAGGGUUUUUACUUAGCAACAAGGGCACCUUAUUCCAAGUACCUUGAAUAUUCCCAGUGACUUACAGAAGGGUUUUAGACCACAAUAUCGUUCCCUCAUAACAGCACAUAACCUUUCAUAACAGCAGUUCCAUCCACAUAAAGAAUGUCUCUUUGUCCUGGGGUGCAUAGACGGCAAAGGUCAGGAGGUGUGGUGUGUGUGUGUGUGUGUGUGUGUGUGGACAACACAACACAAAUUGCUACCUGCCAGGAUUGCCAUCCUGCUGAGCGUCUGAAAGUCGUCUUCAAAUCAUUUUCCUCUUGUUCAGAUACUUACAUGUGAGGAUAGAGAGAACACAGCAGAGAGAGAGAGAGAGAAGGGGCAAUGGCAUUUUGGCACAGCAGGAGUAGAUGUCCUUCAGAAAGGGAAUGAUUUAACAUUCAACCGAGAUCUUUGUUAUUGGCUAGGAAUAGAACAGACUGGAGUAGAUAAAAAACCGAGACAUUUGAUUGGCUCUGUGUUAUUUACACAUAGGGAGGGUGUGGGAGUGUGCGAGCGUGCGCGCCAGGCUUAAAAAAUGUUUUACUAUCAGGGUUCAAUUGUUAGCAUUAAAUCCUUACUGCCAUUAAAGUAGAUGAUGUGAUGCCAGAUGAGUUUUCUGAACAGCAGUAGGCUACAUGCAUCAAUAAUAGAUCAAUGUUAUUACCAUGCAGUCUGGAGGGCCGGAAAAGAGAACGCAACAGUAUGACAUCCGCAACCUGCUGCUGUUUUGAGGAACGUGUAUGCAUAAUGUCCCUGCUUAAUCUGCAUAAAUGAUUAAUGAAUGUCAUGGUUACGUGACAACAGGAAAAGCUUUAGAUAUUAGAGUCUCAAGCUACACACAGGAGGAUGGAGUGGGAGGUUCACAUCAUCACCAGAAACCUGGGGCCGCAUUCAUAAAGCGUCUCAGAGUUAGAGUGCUGAUCUAGGAUCAGGUUCAUCCUGUCCAUGUAACCUUAUUCAUUUUGAUCGAAAAGGCUAAACUUAUCCUAGAUCAGCACUCUGAUAUCAGAUGUUCUAAGAAACAUUCUGUGAAUUAUCUCAUCUGUUAUUUCUUUGAGUUGUGAGCGAGCACUUGAUGCUAUGGUUGCACCAGGAUGUUAUGAAAUAUGAAUCCAAGGGCUUGUGAAGUCUUGCAGCGAACACCAUCCAUCUUUUGACUCACAGAGAAUCUGCAGCUUGUUCGGUCUGAUGGAAUUAUAAAGAAUUGAUCAUGCUGGAGACUGUAGAACUUGACUGCUAAAAUUGCUAAGUUUCUUUUUCAUGAGAAAUUGGGAAUUGGAACUGAAAUUGGGAAUGCAUGUUUUAGUUCUGGCAUUUAUUGAAGCAGGCCUGCAGUUCACUAAUACGAAGCAACAAUAGCAUUUUUUGCCAAAUUUAUUUUGUAGGGUGGAGUGUAUUUCUGUUUUAAAUAGGAUGAAGCAGCGUUGUUUUAUAGCUUUGAGGAGCUCCUUUCAAGUUCUUGAACCAACCAAUCCUUUCAUAGUGUUGUGCUUUGAAUACCAUACGGGGGUAGGUCAACUGUUUAACAAGAUUUAUUGAAAUUCAAUUAAGGUUGCAGUUUGAACAUCAGACACCACUGCUGUAAAACCUCUUACCCAGAUUGCAAGUAAACAUUGUGCUCACAUAAGGGAGAUGGCAUCUGGCCAUUGGCAUCAGCUCUCUGAAAAGUAAAAUAAAUCGUUCUUAAGGUAUUCUAGUAAGCCUUCUCAUUAAUGUAUUUUCAUGUCUUCCUCCUGCUCCUAUACAGGAGGUCUUGACCUGAUCUUGAUGCCAGGCCUGGGUUUUGACAGGAAUGGGAACCGGCUGGGCCGAGGGAAGGGCUUCUACGACACAUACCUGGAACGCUGUAUGAAGCACCCCAAGGGGAAGCCGUACGCCAUCGCUCUGGCCUUCAGGGAACAGCUGUGUCAGGACAUACCU